AUGUACUACCUGCCGCCGCUACGCCGACUCCUUGUCCCCUCUUUCGUCUGCUUGAUCCUACUCAUAAUCUGCAAGUCAUCUCUGAGACCAGCUAUCAUCCAUCUACCGCUGCAAAUCCUUUAUAGCUCUCAACCUUCGCCUCCAGGCGCCAGAGUGCGGCAUCCUCCCCUCGGGCAGCAGUUGCUCAACAGUACGAGCGAUUUCGAAUCGUUCGAUCGGACACCGCUACGGCAUAGCAAAUACUUCAAGUCUCUACUGCAAUGCCACCACGCUCCAAACAAGUUUACCAGCCACAUCCGACUGCCGCACCUCAUCUACAGGAUCUCGAUGGUCCCAGCCGGCUCGCCUGAGGAUGCCCGAAUCUUCUGGAACCCGACCAUCAUGUCACUGCCCUACUGGUCCUCGAACCAAUACCUCCUCAUCAGCCGCAUCGUCACCGACGGGGCUUAUCAAGAGAACGUCAUCUGCGAAGCCAACAUCUGCCACCCCAAUACCACCGACGUUGGGCCUGGGGGCCGGCUAUGCUCAGAAGACGACCUCACACACCUGAGUGGUGCAAUGGGCAUGCGCUGUAUGACCCCACCUAUGCGUCUAAACGUCCCUCCAACACCGGCGAAGCAAUGCCUCGGCAGCAUGGCCCCCUACGCCAGCAUUCCCGGCUUCCACGACCCUCGCAUCUUCUGGGACGGCCGCGGCGCCCCCCUCAUGAUCCUCAACACGCAGUCCCGAUACGCGUGUUUCGGGCUCUGGCUCAUCGACCUCCGCAGUCUAUACCCGCCGCUGGAAGGGCUCCUCGCCUCGUCCCCCUCCUUUCCGUCCCUUGGCCCGCUGGUUUCGUACUCCAGCCUCGCGGAACUGACGCGCAAUCCGCCGGAGACGAGGGGCGCGAUGGAGAAGAACUGGGUGGUUUUUGGGCAGGGAGAGGAGGGGUACAUCAGCUACGAACUCACCCCCCAGCGCCGCACGUUCGCGAAGAUGCUCGGCGCGGGAUACACGAGUCCCAAUCUGACGUCUCCCGCUGAACUGCCGUGUCUUUUCGACGACCCCGGCCUCAUCACCACGGGCAUAGACGGCAAGAAGCACACACCGACGUGGCACCAGUCGACGAACUCGCUCACGCUCGUGCUGUGUCGCCGCCGCGACAGCGACUAUGUCUCAGGCGUAGAGAACACGGUUUUCGUAGCUGUGGUGCACAGGAAGCAUCUCAAUGCGUAUGGCCUGCCGCUACGGUAUGAGCGGUACGUUGUUGCGUGGAGCGCGCAGCCGCCGUUCGACAUGUUGGGCGUAUCUAAGCAUCCUAUCCUCUUCACCAACGAGACGGCGGCGGGGUGGACGGCGCGGGAGAACUGGGAUGACAGCCAUGGGGAGGCACCUUUUGGGAAUUAUACACUAGGCAUAAAUGGCAACAGCACGUCGAGGAGGAGGGAGAGCGGAAUGGGGGAGAUGUGGGCGAGCUUCACGUACACGGUCAGUAUAGCCUGGGCGUGGGACGUGAGAAACCGCGUCGAAGUCAAAGACAAGAACGUGGGAUACUUGGACGAUAAGGUCGUCGUCGGGAUCGGGAUUGCGGAUGGUGGACAGGGGUUCGUGGAGGUGCCGGUGAAAGAGCUGGUGGGUUGCUUGAGGGCUUGCCCGGUGGGGUAG